AACUUAAAAAAGGUGUUUUACGAAGAAGCACAAUUCGGCCAAAUCAAAUCGAGAAGCAAAAUCGUAACGAGAAAGAGACACACAGCACCCGCAGUGAUGAGGACGAUGAAGUAUGUAAAAAGGGUGACGACGUUUAACGCUCCCCAAGGCAAAGGCAAGGGCAAAAGCGCGGUGGACAAUCUCCUGAAACUAAGCCGUAUUAACGCUCUCUGUUUGCGCUCUUCUACUUGUUGCACGAUGACUUGGAAUUUCAAUUCCUGAUUUGCUUUCGCUAAUCUCCAAAAUUCCCUCACUUUUCCCCAUUUUGUGUUUUGUUUUCUUCUUAAUUUUUUUCAUCAUCUCGAUACGAUUGCCGACUGCUUGCACCAACCCGGAAGGUCUGCAUCUGCGUGCCAUUCGCUCUUUCUUGCUUUUUAUUUGUUUAUUUAUAAUAUUUUCUUGAAUAAAUUUGAAUUGGAUCGGAUCUUUGGUUACCCUAUCGAAGCUUGAAAGAAUUAUAGGACUAAUAUCUGCAUACAUGUAUAAUUCUGUUUGUAUUUUGGGUUUUUCUUUUAUAAGGAAUUACUUGGUAGCAUAAAUAAUUGGAUAUUGUGUUAUUAUAUGAAGAGAGAAUUUCUAUUGAAACUUAUAGACAGAAGAGAACCAGGCUGGCAUCCAUGGAAAAUGGUUUGCUUUGGCUUGUAAUUUAAUUUAGUCAAAAUGGGUUUUGUUAGUUCACUUAUUUCUCCAUCAUCUUUUGGUGAAUUUGGCCCUUUUGGAAAGUACCCCUUUUCCUGUUAUUGAACUGGAUCUUUUUUUUCCUUUCGUUUUAGAUUUUGGUUUGGUAUUUUACUAAUGAAGUUUUUUCCUUCAUUUACAAUCUACAGUCAAAACAUUUCAUUUUGUUCCAUUAAAGAUGAAUAUUCGCGUCAUAUUGAAAACAUAGGAGCAUGUAGCUGAAUCUGUAAGGUACUCUGGUCUCUAUUUCUUAGCGGUUACCAAUAGAUUAGAUUGAUGUGCAAUGCAGAGAUCACGUGGCGCUCUUCUGAACAGAAGAUCUUUAGCGAUCAGCGGAAAGAACCACUUGUAUAAGGUGUCUCUGUCUUUCGUAUUUGUCCUCUGGGGACUUGUCUUUCUAUUCAGCUUAUGGUUCAGUUGUGGACAUGCAUACAAAGAUGGAUCUACUGUAUCUCCAGUUGGUAUAUCAACUUGGGACGAAGCUAAGCUGGACCGUGAUGAACACUAUGAUUCUGUAAAUAUACAAAAAGAAACUGAUUUGGUCUACUCUUCUGGAGGUGAAUGCACAAAUGGGAUUGAAACAUGUGGUUUAAAGGGUGAGUUAUCUGCUACAGAAAGAAGUCAACACCAUGUCUCAGCUGAAGGAAGUAGACAGCAUGCCUCAGCUGAAGGAAGUCUACAUCAUGCCUCAGCUGAAGGAAGUAUAUUUCAUGACUCAGCUGUUGGUGAGCAACCUGAGGUGGUGAAUGCUGGUUCAGGUGCAAAACUUGAAAAUGAUGCAUUAAAGAAUGGUCGCUUGCCACGUGCUGUGCCUCUUGGUCUUGAUGAAUUCAAAAGCAAAACAUUUAGUUCCAAAAGUAAAUCUGGAAAUGGUCAGGCUGAAGGCAUAAAACAUAGGGUGGAGCCUGGUGGUGCAGAGUACAAUUAUGCGUCAGCCGCAAAGGGAGCCAAGGUCUUGGCUUUUAACAAGGAAGCUAAGGGUGCCUCUAAUAUCUUAGGCAAAGACAAAGACAAGUACCUUCGCAAUCCAUGUUCUGCAGAAGAAAAGUUUGUUGAUAUAGAGCUUUCCGAAGAAACCUUAGUAGAUACAAUUGAAAUAGCUAAUCUUGAGCACUAUUCAUCUAAUUUAAAAGAUUUUGAGGUGCUCGGCAGUUUGGCUUAUCCAACUAAUGAAUGGGUCUUUCUUGGGAAUGGUACUGCUGCAAAUAAUAAACUUGUACAAAGGUUUGUUCUUCAGCAACCCAAGUGGGUGAGAUAUAUUAAGUUGAAACUGUUGAGCCAUUAUGGUUCAGAAUUCUACUGCACGCUUAGUAUUAUUGAACUCUAUGGAGUGGAUGCUGUUGAGCGAAUGCUUGAGGAUUUGAUUUCUGUUGAAGGCGGCUCGUUUGUUACUUCGGGAGCAGCAGUUGACCAGAAACCUGUGCCCUCCCACCCGGACUCCCCUGAGGGUGAGGAAUUGUAUCCUGAUAUGGUUAAGGAAUUGGAACCCCAAGAUGCAGCUGGAGGGUCUGAAGUGAAUAAUAAUACGAUGAAUAGUGAAGUGCGUGAUCCUGUCAAAGAAGUUCGUCAUCAACAAGUUAAUAGGAUGCCUGGGGACACUGUUCUAAAAAUUUUAAUGCAGAAAGUUCGUUCAUUAGAUUAUAGUUUAUCAGUUCUGGAGCGAUACCUGGAGGAAUCAACAUCAAAAUAUGGCAGUAUUUUCAGAGAAUUUGACAAAGAUUUGGGAGAGAAAGAUAUAGAUUUAAAGAAGAUCAGAGAAGACAUAAGGAAUCUUGUUCUCAGCCAGGAAGUCAUUGCUAAAGAUGUUGACAAUCUUAUAUCUUGGCAGUCCCUAGUUACCAUGCAAUUGGAUAAUCUAGUCAGGGACAAUGCUAUCCUCAGAUGUGAGGUUGAAAGGGUGAGGGAGAAGCAGGCAUCUGUAGAUAAUAAGGGUAUCAUAAUAUUUCUUAUAUGCAUAAUUUUUUCAUUGUUAGCUCUUGUGAGGCUUUUCACAGAAAUGGCAGUUAGCGUUUGUAUGAUGGCAUCGAGUGUUGAUCCAACGACAGAAAAGUCGAGGAAGUUUUGUUGGACGAGUUCUUCGUCCUGGAUUUUUCUACUUGCGAGCUGUAUCCUUGUCCUAUUUAUAUUAUCAUUAUAAUCUUUGGAGCUUUUCGGCAUUC